AUGUCUCGCAUUCUGACAACAUGCUGGACCCUUGCUCCAGUAACCAGUCAAAUCCUUCCAAUUGCCAGUAGAGCUGCUGCGUCUACGGCUUUUGUCAGAAACCUCUCACUUCCAACCAAGCGGGGUCCGGUGAUCGGAGCCAGAUCCUUUUCGCCCAACACUAGGACCAACAGUCGAGUCAGCCAUACUCGUCUCGCUCCAGCAUUGGCUGUAUCCACAGGGCUUGCUUUCAGUUAUUAUCUUUACCAACGAGGCCCCCAGCCAGUGAAGCUGGGCCUAGUGCCAGAGAAGCCAAAAUGUGCACACUGCGUGGACGAGAAGCCAGAGGUGAUCCAAGAGAAACCUGUUGGAUGUUGUGAAGACGAACAAACCACUGCCUAUCAGGAGAAGCCUCUUUCAUGCUGCGUCGAUGAUGAGGCAUCCAUAGCCAUGGUGCCUGCUAUCGGAGGAGAUCAUAAGCACAAGAUCUUUGAGACAGUUGACGACGAAACAUUACUGAUCUCAAAGCUCCCUAAAGAAGACGCUAUCCUCACGACUGCGCCAAAUGUACCUCCAUCUAUCGCAAGAGACCAUCCAGCUCUUGUCAGAGUUCCACUGGUGACUACAACUAAGUUAGCACAGUUGACCAGCCAGUAUAAGUACGAACAGUGGACUUUCAACGGCACUGUCCCUGGCCCUUUUAUUCGUGCCAAAGUCGGAGAUGUCGUGGAGCUGAGCCUCACAAACAAAGACCCUGCAGGUAAUCCUCACAAUAUCGACUGCCACGCAUUUACUGGCCCUGGUGGUGGUGCCGCUGUUACUACCGCUGAAGAGGGCGAAACCAAGGUCGGUCGCUUCAAGCUUCUUUACCCCGGCCUCUACGUCUACCAUUGUGCUGCCGCGCCUGUUCCUGUUCACAUUGCCAACGGCAUGUACGGUCUCAUGUACGUGCAGCCAGAAGGCAAUGAUCUACCACCCGUGGAUAAAGAGUAUUAUGUUAUGCAGAGCGAGUUCUACCAUGAACCACCAGAGGUUGAUGAUGACGGCCGACGAUCCGAAAUAGUCGAGUUCUCAUACCCCAACGGUCUUCGUGAAGAACCUCAAGUCGUUGCCUUCAACGGUAGCGAGUCUGCCUUGACAAGAGAUCAUCCUCUCAAGGCUCAUGUCAGUGACGAUGUGCGGAUCUUCUUCGGAAAUGCUGGACCAAACCUUACCAGUUCAUUCCACAUCAUCGGUACGCAUUUCAAGAAUGUGUACCGAGAUGGUGGCGUUACCAGCAACCCAUCAAAGGGCAUUCAGACCGUUUCUGUUCCUUGCGGUGGGUCAACGAUCGUCGACUUGAAGAUGACUGUCCCAGGAACAUAUACCCUGGUUGACCAUUCCAUUUUCCGCCUGGACAAAGGUGCAGUGGGCUUUCUGAAUGUUUCUGGUCCGCAGAAUCCCGGCAUCUAUCAGAGUUCUCAACCGCCAAGGCCUUGCGUGGGUUGCAAAUUGCACUCCUGA